AUGGCACCACCUCGACGCUCUGCUCGCUCGCGGCUAGCUGAGAAGGACCUGUCAGAACCAGAAGCUAAUACCAGCCUCAGAUCCACGAGACAAACCCGCUCCACUGCUGCCCAAGAACCAGUGUCUGCAUCUCAAUCCCGAUCAAGUUCCGCCGGAAGUAGACGAAGAUCUCUCCGUCUCACAUUAAGAAUGCCUGCGGGGAAACUGCGCGAGGCGACUGGGGGCCGCUCCGCCCGGCGCUCCAUCAAUGUCUUCCAAGAAAACCCCAUUGUGUCCGGCCCACGAACCAGUCGCAAUCAAAAGAAGCUUGUGGAGGUCGCUACAUCGGACGAAGAUAUUGAAGACCAAGAGGAAGACGAAGUUGAGGAUGAAGACGCACUCGGAGAGGAUGAUGAAGAUGCCGAUGCUGACGGCGAUCUCGAUAUGGAUGAUGCUCCCCCACAACCGCCGGUAAGGCGGGGCGCUAAGCAGGCUCCACCUAGUCGUGGCAAGCCCGCCAAGAGCGUGGAAGAAAAAGAAAUGGAAAUGGAAGAGGAAGAAGAGGAGGAGGAGGAGGAUCUAGACGACGAAGUCCUCUCGGAUACCGAUUCGGACGCAGAGGGUGAACCCGAUGAUCAGGAUGAGACCGCCAUUCCCGAUGUCAAUGUCGAUGAUCUAGACGAGGAAGAUGAAGACGACGAUCUGGAUGAUGACAUGGACAGCGAUGCACUUGCCAUGGAAAAUGGCAAGCAAACCAAGCGGCAGCGUGGCAAUCUGGGUAACGAUUUCCUUCAACUCCCGAUGGAACCCCAAGUCAAGAAGCACUUGACUGCCGAAGAGCGUGCCAUGCGACGAGCUGAAAUGGCUCGACGCAGAAAGAAUUUGAGUGAGAAGCGCAACGAAGAAGAAAAGAUGGAUACAAUCAAUCGACUGCUUAGGAAGCAACCCCCCAAGCGUCGCGGCCGAGCUGCGGCCGAGGGUGCUGAAUCCACACCAGCCGAUCAAGAAGGCGCGGUGGUUGAAAAGCCUGACCACACCAUGGUUCGAUGGAUCAGUACUGCGAAUGGCUGCACACUUAGCGUGCCAGAGGAAUGGCUUGGUACAAAGGCUGGCAGAUUGUUCGGACCGCCCCCUGCCAAAGGAAACGGGAAGAUGGUGCAGGAACUGUAA